UAAUAUGGAUGUUUGUUUACUAAUUUGAUCGUUUAAAAGUAGUCACACCGCUUUUUAGUGUUAUUUAAAAUUAAAAUUAUACAUAAGUAGUGAAUAAGCACAAAUCCGGUAAUCCAGAAUGUUUAACCAAAGCACUUUGGGCACCUUCGGGUCGUCUGCCGCACCGAGCACGUCGAACCCCAUGAAGGAUUUCGAAGUGGUCUCACCUCCAGAUGACUCCAUAAGUUCCAUGGCAUUUUCCCCAGCGACAUUACCCCAGAAUUUUUUAAUCACCGGCAGUUGGGACAAUAGCGUACGGUGUUGGGAGAUCGAACAAAACGGUACUAGCGUUCCGAAAUACAUGCAGACAUGCGGGGGUCCUAUACUUGAUGUCUGUUGGAGUGACGACGGUAGCAAGAUCUUCAUGGCUGGUUGUGAUAAGCAGGCGAAAAUGUGGGAUUUAGCCAGUAAUCAAGUAGUGCAAGUAGCAAUGCACGAUGCUCCUAUAAAAACCUGUCAUUGGAUCAAAGCUCCGAAUUAUUCCUGCUUAAUGACAGGCUCCUGGGAUAAAACCCUGAAAUUUUGGGACACGCGCAGCCCCAAUCCCAUGAUGAGCAUAAAUUUACCAGAAAGGUGCUAUUGUGCUGACGUCGAUUAUCCAAUGGCUGUAGUAGGUACUGCUGGAAGGCAGAUUAUAGUGUACCAAUUGGAAGGUAAACCACAAGAGUAUAAGAAACUCGACAGUCCUCUGAAGUAUCAACAUCGAUGCGUGGCCAUUUUUAGGGACAAGAAGAAAUCUCCGACUGGUUAUGCAUUGGGCUCCGUAGAGGGCCGAGUAGCGAUUCAAUACGUCAACCCGACGAAUCCCAAAGACAAUUUCACAUUCAAAUGCCACAGGUCGAACGGAACGCCCAACGGGUACCAAGACAUUUACGCGGUUAACGACAUUGCGUUUCAUCCCGUGCACGGGACUCUAGCCACCGUCGGCGCCGACGGAUCUUUCAGUUUUUGGGAUAAAGACGCCCGAACGAAAUUGAAGCCGUCCGAGCUGAUGGAGCAACCGGUGAGCAGGUGCGCCUUCAAUCACAACGGGCAAAUCUUCGCGUACGCCGUGAGCUACGAUUGGAGCAAAGGGCACGAGUUCUACAACACCCAGAAGAAGAAUUGCAUAUUUUUGAGACCGUGCUACGAAGAACUCAAGCCGAGGCAAUCCUCGUAAAAUUUCCUUAUUCCAUUUUAAUGUAAUUAAUAAAUCGACCUUUGUAUGUUCAUUUUUGUUACUUUUUUUCAAUUUAUUUAAUUUAAAUGUAAA